GAUCUGAUUAACACCAGAGAGAGACCAGACUCUCACUCUGACAGCGGGAAGAGCCCUUCAGCGGAACCAGACCCAGAGACGCCCAAACCAGCGAGACAACACCACUGCUUCCAAUGUGAAAAGAGAUUUUCCCGAUCAGGGGACCUCAAAGCUCAUGAGAGGACACACACAGGAGAAAAGCCUAUCCAAUGUUCCCAGUGUGGAAAGAGUUUUACCAUGUUAUAUAACCUGAAAAGGCAUGAGAGAAUACACACAGGAGAAAAGCCUUAUCAAUGUUCCCAAUGUGGAAAGAGUUUUACUCAGAUAGGGCACCUAAAAAAGCAUGAGAGAAUACACACAGGAGAACAGCCUUACCACUGCUGCCAGUGUAAAAAUAGAUUUUCCCGAGUAGGGGACCUAAAAGCUCAUGAGAGUACACACACAGGAGAAGAGCCUUUCCAAUGUUCCCAGUGUAGAAAGAGUUUUACCGUGUUAGCUAACCUGAAAAGGCAUGAGAGAAUACACACAGGAGAAAAGCCUUACCAAUGUUCCCAGUGUGGAAACAGUUUUACUCAGUUAAGGAUCCUGAAGGAGCAUGAGAGGACACACACAGGAGAAAAGCCUUUCCAAUGUUCCCAGUGUGGAAAGAGUUUUACUCAGAGAGGGUAUCUAAAAGUGCAUGAGAGAAAACACACAGGAGAAAAGCCUUACCACUGCUCCCAGUGUAAAAAGAGAUUUUCCCGAGUAGGGGACCUAAAAGCUCAUGAGAGGACACACACAGGAGAAAAGCCUUUUCAAUGUUCCCAGUGUGGAAAGAGUUUUACCGUGUUAGCUACCCUGAAAAGGCAUGAGAGAAUACACACAGGAGAAAAGCCUUACCAAUGUUCCCAGUGUAGAAAGAGUUUUACCGCGUUAGCUACCCUAAAAGCUCAUGAGAGGACACACACAGGAGAAAAGCCUUUCCAAUGUUCCCAGUGUGGAAAGAGUUUUACCAAGUUAACUAAC